GUGUCUCCUCACAGCUUCAUCCGACUUCGAAAGCGACCAUCGAACCUACCUUGUCCCUAAGAGAAGUUGCGGACAGAGGCUGUUCACUAAGAUUCCAAAACGGAGACGCAUUUGGGCCUCUGGUGCAGACAGGAGUGGACGAACAUCAACGAGAGACAAAUUUAGAAAUUCUGGGACAAACCAAACUGUAUCCAUAAAGGCAUCUGUAGCCGUUAUCUGAACGACUAGAAACCUCGCCAGCAGUGAACGACUAGUUAACUACUUCCAGUCAACAUGAGCAACGCAACUUUACCCCAAUUUUCUUACUACGCAUCUCAUCAGAAUGUGUACUUCGGGUAUCCCGAAAACGUCAAAAUCGUGGACUUCGUGCCAGAGCACAUGAAGCACAUGAUCCAUCAGCACUGGUACAGUUUCCCUCCUGUUAAUCCCAUGUGGCACUACCUGCUGGGAGUCAUCUACGUCUUACUCGGUUUUUUCUCUAUCACUGGCAAUGGACUGGUGGUCUAUCUCUUCAUCGUGGCUAAGGGCCUCAAAUCUCCAGCCAACCUUCUUGUGGUCAACUUAGCCUUAUCAGACUUGAUCAUGUUAACAACUAACUUCCCCUUCUUUGCGUACAACUGCUUCAUGGGCGGGCAGUGGAUGUUUAGCGCUCUGUACUGCGAAAUAUACGCUUGCUUAGGUGCCAUAACAGGUGUCUGCAGCAUCUGGUCCUUGGUGAUGAUAUCUUGGGACAGAUACAACAUCAUCUGCAAUUCCUUCAAUGGCCCGAAGUUAACCAUGGGCAAGGCAGUUAUCAUGUGCCUCUUCUGCUGGGCAAUGGCCAUCGGCUGGGCCCUCCCUCCAUUCUUCGGAUGGGGCAAGUACAUUCCAGAGGGAAUCCUGGACUCUUGCAGCUAUGACUACCUCUCACAAGAUUGGAUGACUAGGAGCUACAACCUCGCCAUCAUGUUCUUCGAUUUCGUGUGUCCCUGCACAAUCAUCAUUGGAUCCUAUGCAUUCAUCGUGAAAGCAAUCUGUGCUCACGAGAAGGCGAUGCGGGAACAAGCGAAGAAGAUGAACGUUGCUAAUCUUCGCUCCGGAGAGGCCGAUGCCCAGAGAGCUGAAAUUCGUAUUGCCAAGACGGCCAUUGCCAACGUCUCCCUGUGGCUUAUCUGCUGGACACCAUACGCAGCUAUUACCAUGCAGGGUGUCUCUGGUAGCCAUGACACCAUCACUCCACUGGUGACAACACUGCCCGCCCUUCUGGCUAAGAGUGCCUCUUGCUACAACCCCUUCGUUUAUGCCAUCAGUCAUCCAAAAUUCAGACAGGCCAUUACCGUCCACAUGCCCUGGUUCUGUGUCCACGAGCCCGGUGACAAAUCCUCUUCCAGCGAUAACAAGAGCGAAACCAGCAACACUACCUCAGCAGAAGAGAAGGCGUAGAUGGAAUUUCAGUCACCACAGUGACGUACAAAAAACAAAAAGUAACCCCCCAAAAAAAUCCACGUCAGCACUUUUACGAAGACGGAUGUCCGCUGAGAUUUCGACGACGAGAGAACUAAUGAACCUUCACUUUUUUAUAUUGAUGAGCUUCUGACUGCAAGAAGAAGCAACAACAAGCCUACAACCUACAACCUACAACCUCCCUCUUUUGUGCGUUUUUGUUUCCGUAACCUGCGACGGACUUCAAGCGUUACAGGCACUGAGGCCUCGGUGAAUUCUCUAUAUUAAAGCCCUCCUUAGCAGCAUUU